AUGCAUCCUUCCUCCAAUCCCCAGCAGAGCCCACACCCUACCAAGAGCCUCUUCACAGAUGGAAACGGAGGAGGUACAAACGUGAAGCAGGCAGACGACUAUUUGGAUCGGAAGACCAGUGGCGGUCGGCGUACCGCUAUUUCCUCGUAUCUUGGUGGGCAACCACGAUUUACGCUGUACUCGGACUCCAUAAAGGCUCAAUUUUUUGAAGACUGCACUGGGCUCAUGUCUGCGCUACACACGUUGCCGGAAGAGGCCUCCUUUUGGAUCGACAUGACCUCUCCGAGUAGGGAGGAUAUCAUAACCUGUGGCCAGGCGAUGGUGCCCGGAGGCGGCUUUCACCCGCUUACCAUUGAAGACAUUGUGGAGAUGGAUACGCGCGAAAAAUGCGAGCUGUUUGAUCAUUACCUUUUUAUUGUUGUCUCAACAAUUGCCACAGCCGGAGAUACAAGCAGCACCGUGGACCCGGCCUACAUUUACAUUGGCAUUUCUGAGCGGGGCAUCAUUUCGAUGCACCCACGCCCUAUUUCGCACCAUGUCUCGCGCGUAUUGCGGCGCCUGGAUGCUGCGAUUGCUUCAAACAAUCCAUUCGCCCCUCCAGCGAUCUCUGCAACCGGCGGCUCGAAUUCGGCUCCUGCCUCGCCAGAUUGGAUCCUAUAUGCACUUUUGGACGACUUUGUAGACGCACUGAUUCCCCUUACCAAAGCGCUAGAGUUUGAAGUCGAUUCCAUCGAUGAUCUGGUUCUGCUGCUUUCUCAGGCGGACAAAUCAGACAUGGUCCRGCGAAUCGGCAUCGCACGCAAGGCAACGACAGCGCUGCUACGGAUUCUGCUUCCAAAGCGCGAGCUUUUCAAGUCUGUCGGGCUCAAAUUGCUUGGUGAUGUGGGGCAAACAAAAUACCCGGGGGCCCCCGGAACAGGCGCCCCCGUGCCGGUACGCGGCACGCCACGGACACUGCUUUACAUGCGAGACGCACAAGACCAUGUACUGUCCCUGGGACAGUCUCUGGAACACUUUCGCGAUACGCUUAACACGGCGCACUCCAACUACCUUGCACAAAUAUCGAUCGAACUAACGGAUGCCUCUAAUCGGAUGAAUGAAGUCGUCAAACGGCUGACAGUCUUUACUGUGAUCUUCCUUCCAUUGACAUUGCUUGCCGGCAUCAUGGGGAUGAAUGUGCCGUUGCCUCUGCAGCCGGGUGUCGGCAUCACGCAGCUGGGACCCUUUGCUCUGGUCAUGAUGACGAUGUUUGGGCUUUUCGGAUGCCUUGCCUAUGUUGCGUGGCGCUCGCGCAUGUUCUGA